AUGGAUCUAAUCCAAGGUAUGCCUCAUGAACCAAAUUACCAUAUCUGGUCCACCUUACUAUUUGUUUGUGCCAAAGGUGACCUAAAGAAUGCAGAGUUGGCAGCUAGUCUUCUCUUUGAAUUGGAUCCACAUAAUGCUGGACCCUAUAUCAUGCUUUCCAACUUGUAUGCUGCUUGUGGGAAAUGGAAAGAUGUAGCUGUUGUAAGAUCUCUCAUGAAGGAAAAGAAUGCAAAGAAGUUUGCUGCUUACAGUUGGGUUGAGGUUAGGAAAGAAGUCCACAGAUUUGUUUCAGAAGAUCACCCUCAUCCAGAAGUGGGAAAAAUCUAUGGUGAAAUGAACAGAUUGAUCUCAAUAUUGCAACAAAUUGGGUGUAAUCCAGAUACAAACAUUGUCCUACACAUUGUGGGGAAGGAAGAAAAGUUUAGAUCCAUUUCUUACCAAUGA